UGUGAACAUAAGCAAUAUAGGUUUUGCAUUGGGGGAAAAAAAGAAAGAGAUCAAAAAUGGAGGAAGAACUAGUAAGAGCUAUUAAGAUAAUAGUAUUUGGAGUAAUCUCAUGGGGUGUGGCCUUUGUUCUCACCCGGAGAAUCUUCUCAAGCUACUCAUUCAACUUCAGCAACCGUCUUCUCUCCACGGCUCACGCCACAAUCGCUGUCACAUUAGCAACACUCUCUGUUCAAGAUUGGUCUUGCCCUGUUUGUCCCCGAGCAUCUAAGCCAUCUCUCAAACAGAUGGACGUGAUGGCGUUUUCAUUGUCAUAUAUGAUCUACGAUCUCAUAUGUUGUCAGUUCGAUAAAGUGAUCAGCAUUGAUAACGCGGUUCAUCAUUUUGUUAGCAUUCUUGGUUUUAUAGCUGGACUUGCUUACCAAAAGUCUGGAUCUGAGAUCAUCGCUACACUGUGGAUAGCAGAGAUAUCGAGUCCUUUCUUCCACCUUAGGGAGAUUCUCAAAGAGAUUGGAUACAGAGACACCAGCCUCAAUCUAGCCGCCGAUGUAUGUUUUGCUACUAUAUUCACAUUGGCGAGAAUUGUGUGCGGACCAUUUCUCGUUUACGUCAGUCUGUCAGCUGAUAAUCCCAUCUUCAUCAAGGCAAUGGGAUCAGGAUUACAACUCGUGAGCAUAUUUUGGUUCUAUAAGAUUUUCGGGAUGAUGAGAUAUAAACUUUUUAAGAAGCCAAAGUCAAACAAAAAGUCUACUUAGUUAUAGAUAUACGAAAACUGAUUUAAUCAAAUUAUUUUUGUUAUUUUCUUUCUUAAACAUUUAUAGUCAUUUAUCUAUGUUAUUAUAUCACGGAGUCUUCCCUCCUUAACAAGAUUAAGAUCUCGAAGUAUGCAGUUGGACACAAUCUACUCUAGAUGUCGACUAGCUGAAGAGACAAUUAAUCAUGCUUUAUUUGCAUGCCCUUUUGCAAAAAUGGUACGGCGGUUUUCACAUACUUCCCAUUUAGACACAGCAAAUUUAGCUGAUGAUGCAGAAGAGAAUCUCUCAAAUCUCUUGUCCUCAAUUCUCAAUUCUUCAACAUCAAGUGCUGAAUCAAUGAUACCAAUAUGUAUACUUUGGAGAAUUUGGAAAGCAAGGAACAAUAGUAUUUUUAACAACAUUAGAGAGAGUCCAUCCAAAACUGUGUUAUGGGCAAAAUCGGAGGCGAAACAAUUCUAUGAUCUUACUCAUAGCAUUGAAAGACACAAUCAACAGAGAAUCAAGAAUCGUAAUAUUCAGCGUUGGUGUCCACCUCCUAUCAACUAUGUCAAAUGCAAUUUCGAUGCUGGAUAUAAUAGUAUAAAUCGAGGAGCAACAGGAGGUUGGAUCAUUCGUGAUAACUUGGGAUCUGCAUUGGCCUGGGGUGCAACGCGAUUAUCAAACACAUCUUCGCCAUUGGAAAUGGAAGCCAAAGCUAUGCUAAUAGCAUUAUAACAAUCUUGGAUCAGAGGAUAUACAUCAUUAAUUUUGGAAGGCGAUUGUGAAGUGCUGAUAAACAUUAUAAAUGGGAACUUACGACACAGACAGCUUACAAACAUACUCCUUGAUCUAAAGUGUUGGUUAUCGAAAUUUGAAUGUGUUAAUUGUGUUUUUACAAAAUGAUCUUGUAAUAAGGCAGCUCAUUUAUUAGCACAAUUUGGAUGUACUUCUUCUC